UUUUUUUAUUUCUGAAGUUAAAUUAUUCACCCAAAAAUCCCACUCCAUUCUAUCCUCCCCCUCUCAAUCCCUUCAAUAUUAUCCAACUGGGUAGAGGGGAAAAGGAGAACCAAAGAAAAAGGCAGCAAAACAAGUAGGAAAUGGCUUUAGAGGCUUGCAGCUUCCAGGUUAGCACCAUUGUUGCCUCCACAGCUGCAGCUACAAGCAGAGUUAGGCUAUUACAUGGGCAAAAGCCAUUCCCUCAAAAAGAGAAGCACAAUUUGCUUACGAUUUCCGGGUCAAGGAGAGCGAUUUCGGUUGGCGGCGGCAACGGCCGUCGAACCCAGGUUGUUUGUCAAGCUAAGAAUGUUGUAGAUGAAGUUUUGGUGGCAAACGACGCGAACUGGAACAGCUUGGUGAUCGGUUGCGAAAAUCCGGUCCUGGUCGAGUUCUGGGCCCCGUGGUGCGGCCCGUGCAGGAUGAUCGCCCCCGUGAUCGACGAGCUGGCCAAGGACUACGCGGGGAAGAUCGUGUGCUGCAAGGUCAACACCGACGACUGCCCCAACAUCGCAUCCAACUACGGCAUCCGGAGCAUCCCGACAGUCCUGAUGUUCAAGAACGGGGAGAAGAAAGAGAGUGUGAUAGGGGCUGUGCCAAAGAGCACCUUGUCUGGUAUCAUAGACAAGUACAUGGAAAUGUGAAUGCUCCAGUGGGUGUUUUAAUGGUGAUUGUAUAUUUGAGACCAUGUUUAUAUCGUUCAAAAACAAUCAGGGGAUUGUAACUCAUGAGAUUUAUGUCUAUAUGCUCUUUUUCUGUAAGCAUACUCUUGCAUGUGAAGGGGAUUUUGCCGAAUAUUGCGGCCGUCGA